AUGGCUUCCUCCUCUGGGACGGCCACCCCGUCCAGGCAACAGAGCCUGGCAAGCCGAGGUCGCGAUGCUGACACGGACCUUUCGAACUCCCUCAAUGGCCUUUCCCUGCGAACAGGCUCUCCCGCCAGGACACCGCGCGCGUCUAGCCGCGGCCCUUUCAACGGCUCGAGCAGCCGGUCGCCCAGCGUCGCCAGCAAUAGGGGCGCGCCCCGGAGCCCUCUGAAUGGCCCGAACCCCCGUUCUGGCACUCCGGCCUUGCUGCGAAAGGCCUCUCUCAACUCCCUCCGCUCGUCGAGCAACCCGGCGGCCCCGCGCCGCGCCAGCUCCGCCAACCUCAUGUCGCCCUCGAGCCGUUCUCCGCUAGGCGGUGACCUCUGCGAGGAGCCGCCCCCUCCGCCGCCGCCGACUGCUUCGUCCAUUGCCAGGGACCAUUUCAAGGUCGAGCUCGAAGCGCACCACGGCGAGAACGCGACCACCCCGGCGAAUACGGUUGUGAUCAUCCAGGACAAUUGCUACGGGCACCGUUUCUCGCGACCCCGAACAUCCAAGGCCGCCCUGAGUACUAUCGUGGAAAGGCCAGAGCGUCUGAGGGCUAGUGUGCUAGGAGUGUCGGCAGCCUAUGUGCGACUCGGCGAGAGACACGCCGACGGCGCCCACCCAAUCCACCCAAAGCACGAUGCUGCCGCACUGCCCGGCGUGCCCUUCCGGAUCCACAAGACUGCUCGACGUCUGUCCCUCAUGUCGCAGACAGUUACCAACGUCCACGGCACGAAAUGGAUGGAGGAGCUCAAGCUGAUGUGCGAGACGGCAGAGGCAAAACUCGCGACCAAUGGCAAGGAGCUGCAGCGCCCCGAGAUGAGCCGCGGCUCGGGCAACGACACGCCCGAGAGGCUCCACGAAGGGGAUCUAUACCUCUGCUCGGAGUCUCUGGACGCACUAGAAGGUGCUCUUGGUGGAAUUUGCGAAGCGGUCGAUACUGUGUUCCGGCCAGACGGCCCGAAGCGAGCAUUCGUCGCCAUCCGGCCCCCUGGACACCAUUGCUCGGCCUCGUUUCCCUCUGGGUUUUGCUGGGUUAACAACGUCCAUGUUGGUAUCAUGCAUGCCAUCCUCGGUCACGGACUGACCCAUGCGGCGAUUAUUGAUUUCGACCUCCAUCACGGAGACGGUUCGCAGGCUAUCGCUUGGCAGCACAACUCGAGGGGAGUGUACUCGGCCAAGAAUGCGGCGUGGUGGAAGAAGACCUCGAUCGGCUACUUUAGCCUCCACGACAUCAACUCGUAUCCGUGCGAGAUGGGGGACGAGGAGAAGACCAAGAACGCGAGCAUCUGUAUCGACAAUGCCCAUGGGCAAACCAUCUGGAACAUCCACCUCGACCCGUACAAGACCGAGGCCGAGUUCUGGAAGAUUUACGAAUCAAAGUACACAGUUCUGCUGGAAAAGACGCGCAAGUUCUUGAAGCAGCAGACGGAGCGCUCCCGCGCCGCCAACCAGAACUGCAAGGCGGCCAUCUUCAUCUCGGCCGGGUUCGACGCCAGCGAGUGGGAGAGCGCCGGUAUGCAACGCCACAACGUUGCCGUCCCGACCGAGUUCUACGCCAAGAUCACCCGGGACAUCAUCAAAAUCGCCGAGGAGGAGGGCACCAGCGUGGAAGGCCGAGUAAUCAGUGCCCUCGAGGGCGGUUAUAGCGAUCGCGCGCUGUGUUCGGGAGUCCUGAGCCACAUCAGUGGGCUCGCUGGAGAAGAGCCCAUGACCAAGCCGGAAGACUUCAACGGCUUGGGCUUCGAAAUGGGCCAGCGGAUGGGCCACAAUCGGCGGGAGUCUCUGGCCUUGAAGAACAUGGGCCCGCCGUACGACCCCUCGUGGUGGCAUUCCUCGGAGCUCGAAAGGUUGGAGUGCGCCAUGGCAUCGCCCCCUGCCGAGCCAAAGGUCUCUCGCCACAUGACCCCUCCCACGUAUUCCUCGCCCACCCAAUCGUCCCAAGCAAAAGUUGUCGCGUCUCCGAAGCUGCGUCGGAGCGUCUCUGCCAUGUCUUCCGGUACCGGCUCGCCCGUAGCUCGGCCGCCGUCGCCACCUCCACCCGAGGUCCCGUGGACCAUCGCGGCGCACGAGCUCAGCAAGCUCCUGAUCCCCACCGACCGCUCCACGAUGAGCUGUACGCAUGAAGACCUAUCUGCCGAGGCCACUCGUGCUCGCCGCGACCGCCAGUCAGUGCUGGCGCAGUCUACUCUUCAGAAUCCUCUUGCGGGGUCGGGCCCAGCUGCUGCAAACGGCCCCACGCGCAUGUCGAUGCGCGAGCGGAAGCAGGUCAAGCUUUAUGGAUCCAUCGAGGAGGAAGAGACCAAGAACAGGAGGAAGACCGUCGCGGGCAGCGCCAUAGCUCAGGAGCGGGCUGCUUCCCGGACCGGCACGCCGGUGGCCGCCAGCAAGGCCAAGCAGCAUUCACGACGCCUUAGUGCGGCCUCCACCAUCGUUGCUAGAUCGCCCAGCUUGGAGCCGCCUCUGCCCUCGGCAAGACCCAUGACGUCUCAGGGGGUGCGUGCGGACACGUCAAUGAAUGCCAGGGCGGGCGCCACGGGGUCGCUGCCCGUGAAGAAGACCAGGACGGCGGCCGCCGUCAAACGAGAGACGCCCCGAACAUCUCGCACCACCAAGAAGGUGCCGGCCCCCGCCGAGCGCGCAAAGGCCCAAGACGCUGCCCAGCGACCCUCUACGCAGGCAUCGACCGCGUCGGGACCUAGCCAGGCGUCGUCGGACGACAUGGAUCAGCUCACGAGCGGCAUGAAGAAGAUCAGGAUCAACGUCAUCACCCCUGCUCAGCGCGAGGCACGAGAGAAGGCGAAGAGAGACAGGGCCGCCGGGCAGGAGGCCGAGGCCGCGGUCGCGGCCGCGGCGGUGAAGAACGAGAACCAACCGCCGGCCGUCAAGGUCGAGGCCUUCCAGCCCGCCGCGGUGGGCGAGCCGGCGAGAUCAUCGCCCGACUUGCCCCCGUUCGCCAUGUCCUCCUCGCCGCAGUUCGCGGCCCAGCCCUCGGCCAGCGCCUCGAGCGAGCCGGUCACCCCGCAGACCGCGUCGCCGCCCGCCGCCCCGCAGCUCGAGCCGCUCGACGUGCCCCUCCCCGCGAGCUCCCCGGUGCCCCCCCUCCGGACGCCCACCACGGGGGAGGAGGAGGGGGAGCAGCCGUCGACGCCCAACGUCUUCAUCCCCUACCAGCCCGAGGGCCCCACGCCCGAGGCCGUCCCGCUGCAGCAGCAGGGCCGGUCGCUGCAGUGGCUGCCGCCCAACACGGCGGCGACGCCGUCGCCUAUGAAGCGCACGGACCUGCCGGUGUUUACGGCGACGUCUGCGAUCCCGUUUGCGAGCCGGACGAAUCUUGACGGGCAGCGCCUGCCCAAGCCGGAGGGGCGGCUGGUGGGCGGGGGUGGAGGUGGUGGUGGUGGUGAUCCCCGCCGGGAGAGGUCCAUCUGGGAGGUUCCUGAGACUCCUCAGAAGUGA